AUGAGAUCUAAACGUAAUGCUCGAUUUCUGACAAAUGACAAUUCAAAAGACAAUAUUAUUGAUAGCAACAGAAAGCCUUCACCUCCAAAAAUUUAUACGAAUACUUCAAACAACAAUUAAUUAAGAUCUGAUAGUGUUUUUUAAAGGUAAGGAAGAAGUAUUCCAAAAGAUUGUAUUGGAUUAGGAAAUAGCUUUCAAUGUAAUUGAUUGUCAUGAUGUUAGAAAAAUUAUCUCUUCCUAAAAAAUAGACACCAAGAAUGUUGAGUAAAAGUGAAAGGGCCAAUUAUGGUUAAGAGGUAUAUAUUUAGGUGAUAAUUAGUAAAGAGUCCUAAUUUGAUCAUAUAACCAAAACAAGAACAAAGUAUGGAAAUAGAAUGUCUAUCACCAAUUAAAUAAUAUACGGAUAUAAAACUCCCCUUUUUUAGUUCUUAAACUUCAUCAAAAAAAGAAUAGACAGCAAGAAGAGUAAUAAAAGAUGCUUCACUCAAUAAUAGCUAAUUCACUUCAAGAGAAUCAUAAAUGAAAACGUCAGAUAAAUCUAAAAUUAAUAAAAUUAGAAAAACUAAUUAUCAUCACCAAUAGGAUAUUGAUCCUUAAUAUCAGGUUUAUGAGUUCAACUAAGAACUUAAAGCAUUAAGAGUUAAAAGAACUGAAUCUUUUGAAUGGUUAUAAGAAGACUCAUAAGGUUCAUAAGAGUCCUCAUUUAAUCAAUUUAAGUAAAUAAAUUUAGGAACUUAUUACAUGGAUAAUUUAAGAAAAUAUCUAAAGGGUUUAAAUUUAGAAGGACUGUAUGCUCAAUUAUAUAUUAACCAUUUUGUAUAAUAAUUUCAUAGUCUUCAACUUAGCAAACAAUUUCUCUAACCUGAAAUUAAAGAAAUUGAGCAUAGAUGUAUAAAUUUUCAAUAGAUAAGUAAUAUAAUAUAAUUAUUAAAUAGAAAAAUAAAAAACAUUAGUCUUGGACUUGGAUGAAACUCUUAUCCAUUGUAAUGAGUAACCAUAAAUGAAAUUUGAUUUUAAAGUUCCAAUUUAAAUGCCCAAUGGAUAUAUUCACGAAGUAUACUAAACUAUAUUAAAAAGGCAGGAAUUAGUGUGAGGCCUUUUGCUCAGUAAUUUUUACAGGAAUGCUCUAAGCAUUUUGAAGUUAUGAUUUUUACUGCAUCUCAUCCUUUAUAUGCUGAUAAAAUAAUAGAUAAAUUAGAUCCUACAAAAAAAUGGGUCACUUGUAGAUUAUAUAGAGAACAUUGCAUAUAAACAUAAUAAGGCAUAUAUGUAAAAGAUUUGAGAAUUUUAAACAGAAAUCUCAAGGAUAUUGUUUUGAUUGAUAAUGCUGCUUAUUCUUAUGCUUACUAAAUUGAUAAUGGUAUUCCUAUUAUACCUUACAUUGAUAAUGUUAAGGAUAAUGUAAUUCAUUUUAUUAUUUUAGGAAUUAAUUGGUGUUAUAGAUUAUUUAAAAGUUUUGUUGUAAAUUGAUGAUGUAAGAGACAUUAAUGGUAAAACAUUUUUUUUAAAGUAAAUCUAACAAUGUCAAAGUCUUGAUGAAGCUAUGAAACUUCUGUUAGUGAUUUGA